UUUUUUCACGGCCCAAAGCGUAUUUCUCUCCCCGAGGAAGGAAACAAUUUUUUUUCACCUUCAAAAAGCUCUCCACUCUUCAUUCUCCCUCACUCACUUUCAUUGCUCUAUCGCUACUUGCUAAUGGAGCCGUGGCUCGAUGAGUUGGCCGAUGAUCUUCAGAGCAUCAGCUUCAACUCUACUACGACGGCCACGACUCGCUCAACCAGUUCUAACUCCGAAGCAACAUGGACCGCUGCCGCCGGCUCCUCCUGCUCUUCAUCCUCUUCCAGUUCAUUGACUACCAAGUCACGCGCUUCCACUCCCUCCGGUGAUCCUUACUGGGACGCCAUUACAAACGUUCUCACCACUUCAACUUCUUCAUCAGUUUCAUUAACCGACCUCCGAUUCCUCCAUAGACUCGGCUCUGGAGACAUCGGCUCGGUCUACCUAGCUGAAAUCAAAUCCCGCACUAGUCAUCCUCCUACGACUACCACGGAUACUGCUGCAUUCAAGGUGGCGACAGCGGCGGCGUAUUUUGCUGCGAAGGUGAUGGAUAAGAAGGAACUAGCAAACCGUAAUAAGGAAGGGAGAGCGAAGACUGAAAAGGAAAUACUCGAAAUGUUGGAUCAUCCUUUCCUUCCAACGCUUUAUGCUUAUAUUGAUUCACCGAAAUGGUCGUGUUUGUUGACGGAAUUUUGUCCCGGCGGUGAUCUUCAUGUUCUCCGGCAACGUCAACCGGCCAAACGCUUCCCUGAAUCCGCUGUCAGGUUCUACGCGUCUGAGGUGGUGGUAGCGUUGGAGUACAUUCACAUGAUGGGAAUAGUUUACCGCGACUUGAAGCCUGAAAAUGUUUUGGUUCGAUCAGAUGGUCAUAUCAUGCUCACGGACUUUGAUCUAUCGCUAAAAUGUGACACCUCUACAUCGACACCAGCUCAAGUGAUAUCAAGCCAAAACACACCUAAUGGAGGACCACAACAAAAUGAGUACAAAAUUGAACCACCAAAGUUCACAUCUUCAUCAUGUAUCCUUCCAAACUGUAUAGUACCUGCAGUUUCAUGCUUCCAUCCGAAAAGAAAGCGUAAGAAGAAGCCAGGACAUCUUGGUGGCCCUGAAUUCGUUGCUGAACCUAUUGAUGUUCGUUCAAUGUCCUUCGUUGGAACUCAUGAGUAUUUGGCACCGGAGAUUGUAUCAGGUGAAGGUCAUGGUAGCGCAGUAGAUUGGUGGACAUUAGGGAUAUUCAUAUUCGAAUUGUUAUAUGGAGUAACACCUUUUAAAGGGAUAGACCAUGAACUAACUCUAGCUAACAUUGUUGCUCGUGCACUCGAAUUCCCAAAGGAACCAACAAUCCCAGCUGCGGUUAAAGACCUGAUAUCGCAGCUUCUUACUAAGGAUCCCGCGAGAAGAAUGGGGUCAACUAUGGGUGCUACAGCAAUCAAGCAUCAUCCAUUCUUUCAAGGAGUCAAUUGGGCACUAUUAAGAUGUACAUCACCACCAUUCAUUCCACCUCCAUUCAGUAAAGAGUUUCUAUCUGAUGUAAGUUGCCCUGAUACCCCAGUGGAAUACUACUAGCCGGUAUUGCUCCUGACUCUUCGAAACUAUUGUUGCACCCGUGUCUGAUACCCCUGUCGAAUACUACUAGCCUGUAUUGCUCUGACUCUUCGAAAAUGUUGCUGCACCCGUGUAUGAUAUCCCAGUGGAAUACUACUAGCCAGUAUGGCUCCUGACUCAUCGAAACUGUUGCUGCACCCGUGUCAGAUCCUGAAAGAGCAACCUAGCUACUAGCUAGUGUGAAUAAAGACUCAAAAAGUCAAUUUUUUUGAACUAGUAAUUUAUCAAUAUUGACCCACCAAAAUGAAUAUGAGGCUAUUGAAAUACACAAAGACAAGUAGUUUUUGUUGUUGUUUGCUAGCCAAUGUUAUCAUCUUGUACAUUAUAGGUGGACAAAGGAAGUUUCAUUUUCUUAA